AUUCGUUUCUCAGUCUCGUCUCUCUUCCAUUUCUUCCUCCCUGAUAAACCCUAGAACACCAUGUUUCGCAGAGCCUCUUCCACGGCGGCCGCUCUUGCCUUUCGUGCAGUUAGGUCUCCGGCGAGAUUCGGUGCCGCUGUCUCCGUCGAGAGGUUGGUUCUCGGCAGCCAGCUCAGCCGUGGAUCGGCUUCUUCGUUCGCGAGGUUCUCUACGGACGUCGCGCAUAAGAAGUCCAGCUCGGACGAGAAUCUGAUUCGUGUGAUUGACUCUGAGAUUGAGUGCGCCAAGACCGAGGAAGCUCCUGACCAUAACGUUAUGGAGGAGAAGCCAGAAGGGUUUCCUUUCGAGAUCGUAGAUACUCCAGGGGAAAGAACUGUAUUGCUGAAAAGGAAUUUUGAAGAUGAAACAAUUCAGGUGGAAGUUGAUACGCUUGCUUCUUAUGAGGAUGAAGGUGGGGAUGAAGGUGGUGAUGAGGAGGAAGAUGGGGAUAAAACCCGGGUUCCUAUGGUCUUGAGUGUGUCGAAAGGUGACGGACUCUGUCUUGAGUUCGGUGUCAGUGCCUACCCUGACGAGAUUGUGAUCGAUAGCUUGUCAAUCAAACGGCCCCAAGACUCUGAUGAACAGCUUGCAUAUGAAGGACCCGACUUUGAGGACUUGGACGAGAAUUUGCAGAAGGCGUUCCUCAAGUUCUUGGAGGUAAGAGGGAUAAAAGCAAGCACGACCAACUUCCUGAUAGAGUACAUGGCCAACAAAGACAGCCGGGAGUAUCUGCAAUGGCUCAAGGACCUCAAGUCUUUUGUCCAGAAAUGAAAGAUGCGUGUUUUUUCUUGAUUUUACUGUGUUUUUUGUUUGAAAGCCUGUUUUCGGUGAAUGAACCUAAUGUCAUCUUCAAUGCUGAGAGAUUAUGAUUAUGAAGAAGAAGAAGAUGAUGAUGAUGAGAUGAAUGGAGCUUCUCUCUUGGAUUAGGAUUUUAACUGUUUCUUUCAAUAAGUUAUGGAAUUUUCUUGAAUUAUGUUUCUGCUGUAUCGAAACUAUUUGAAUACGUAUGUGUGUUUUCAAUCCA